AUGGGCGUGCGGGGCCUGCUGAGCUAUGUCCUGCGCCACGCCGACGCGAUGACUCAGCGGGUCGACCUCGCCCAGGAGGCCCAGUAUUAUGGCCGCAACGGUGUCACGCUGCUGGUGGAUCUUCUUGACUUCUGUGCCUGGUUUCUUCCGGAGGUAGAUCGUGCUGCCAAAGGCUGGGAAGGUGACGCCACCCUUCAGGUCUACGGCAGCGACUUCGUCCAGCACGACGAGGCGCUUUGCGAGCUGAUCUUCGCCCUGCGCCACGCAGGCGUCUACCUCGAGUUUUUCAUGGAUCCUCCCCGCGGCUGCGGGCUCCUCGAUGCGGCCACCAGCACCUGGGUCGAGGAGGCCAAGCGCCGCUGCUCUCAGGGCCUUGAGGCUGCGAAGGCUGUUCGACUGUGGUGCCGAGGAGAGCGAAACGAUCUUCCGAACCUGGCAGAGGCGCAGCAAACGCACCACCAGCAGAGCACACAGCAGAGUUCAUUGCCAAGCCAGUUUGCCGCACAUGCGGCAGCGGCAGCAAUGGAAGCUACCUUGACGGUGUCGAAGCAGACCGCCGUGGGCCGUUUCCGUAUCGAUGGCUUCUCACUGCUGUCCCGGAAGAAGGGCGACCCAGUUACCUCGGGUCCAAUCAUUGAGAUUGGCGACUCGAAGUGGGAGAUUCUGGUGUAUCCUUCUGGAAACGAGCGGUGCAAGGACGGCUGGAUCCGUGUGUCGGUUCGAUGCACGGAGGGUGAGCGGGAGGUCCGCGCUCUGUACUCGGUGUCUGUGGUGAACGCAGCUGGCGAAGUGAAGCACCGGCUGGAGGAAGAAGCCACCUUCACCAGCGGUGACGGCUGGGGCUUUGACAACUUCAUCCGCCAAGAGCGCCUGACGGAUCGAACCAAAGGCUUCGCCGACGACGUCGUCAUCUUCGAGGCGACAGUCACGGUCCUGGGCCAGGAGGAAAUCCGGCGGCAGCCGAUCACUGGAAGCGAGUGCAAGAGCAUCCACUCGGAGGAGUUGGCAGCUGACCUGAAGGCUCUGUGGGAAUCGGGUCAGCAUGCAGACCUGACCCUGCAAGUCGGCGAGACUCAGCUGCAGGUACAUGGCCUGAUCCUGGCUGCAAGGUCCGCGGUUUUCUCGCGCAUGCUGGCCUCUGACAUGUCGGAGGCAAAGUCGCGAGUCAUCAGGAUAGUGGACGCGGAUGCAGAGACUAUGCGCUGUCUCUGUGAGUACAUGUAUACAGGCACCGUGCGGAACAACCGCCCAUUUGAGAAUGCAGACUUAGCUGGAUCAUUGUUGCAGGCAGCAGCCAAAUACGAGGUUCAUGGGCUGGUCCGGUGGUGUUCCGCCAAGAUAGCCGCAACUUUGGGCGUCGACACGGCAGCAGAGUGGCUCGUCCUCGCGUCGCAGAUUGGACCGCAGGCGGAUGCCUUGAAGAACAAGAGCCCUUGGCUGCACUACUGCGGUGGGAGUGCAUGUUGUGAAUGUGGGGGUUUACGAAAAUAG